AAAAAAAAAGACAAUGUUCGGAGAGAAUCCUAGCAAUGCAAUUGCAUUGUACGGAAGGAUACUACCACCGUAGUGUAGUCGCGCGGUCUGUGUCGUCGCAUCGUGAUAGCCUCUCAUUGACGUGCUGGUGUUGGCUCCGCCGCUGAAUCUCCGUUGCCCUGCGACUUCGCUCUUCUAUCGCGGUUGCUGGACUUCGCUCUUCAACAGCUAUAGUGAUCAACAACAAUGGCGGGGAAACUGGCAAAGGCAGCUUAUGAUGCAAAGAUGUUGAAGCUUCUGAGAGAGUAUAGUCAGGUACUGGUGGUUUCAUCUGACAAUGUGGGUUCAAACCAGCUUCAGGGGAUACGGAGGGGACUCCAUGCUGAUUCAGUUGUGGUGAUGGGAAAGAACACCUUGAUGAAACGCUCUAUCAUCAUGGAUGCUCAGAAGACUGGCAACAAGGCCUUCCUUAACCUUGUCCCCCUUCUUGUGGGGAAUGUGGCAUUAAUUUUCACCAAAGGUGACGUAAGAGAGGUCAGCGAACAGAUUGCCAAGUACAAGGUUGUUCAACCGAUUCUAAUGUGCCCCAAGUAUAUGUCACAUGACACAUACCAGAAUUGUUCCUAUAUGCAAUCUGGACAGUUACCUUUGGGCCUCACAUGUUGUAAUCAACAGCAGUCUUCGCAGGUUUCUGAGCCUUUUCUUGUAUGCUCAAAAUUCCAGCCACACCAACAUUGUUUCAUGAUGAGAUCAAGGCAGUUCUUGAUGACAAGUAUAUGGUCUCCUCUUCUCCUUUUGGCUGGCAACUUGUGACAUCGACCAAGUAUUUGAUUUGGAUCACAUGGUUUGUAUUACUCUUUUCUUUGUGCAUUGUUGGCUUUCAAACUCUAUUUAGUUAAAAUUCUCCCAUUUCAGGGAUUAUGGAAAAUGAAAUGAUUUUGAUAACUGAGAUUUCU